AUGGCCAUAAUCGAGGAACGCUUGGACACUGGAGGAAUCGCCCACACUCAACUCGUUAAUAGCAUAGUUAAAGCGACGAAGUCAAGUCGACCUGAACACGGAGAUAGACAUGUUGGAAUGGUGUAUAUAGUCGACCUUUUAACUCGGAUGUUCCUACCGUCAGGAUAUCCCAAUAGUGUUUCUCCAGAUUAUCUUCGUUAUCAAAUUCUAAAUGCACUGCAAGCGUUUUGUAACUCGUUAGCUGGGAUGUUGUCAUCGAGGGCCAUCUUACAAGGAUUUGGUGUAGGGGAUCCCACUGCCUCAGCCACCAAGGCACUUCUACUUACAGUGUUACAAGAUGUCUUCGGUCGACUGACGACCAUACUGUCCGCACAUCUAAUUGGGUCUUCUCUUUAUCCAGAAGCAAAAACCUAUCGGCUGCUUGCAGAUGUAUUAAACGACACUGCGGUGAUUCUGGAUACCCUGUCCCCAUUCUUCAACACGUUCUCUAUACCUGGUCUUCGUGUUGCUUCUCUGUGUCUGAGCGCUAUUUUCAAAUCUCUCUGCUCCAUCUGUGCUGGAGGCUCCAAGGCCGCGAUUGCGGUACAUUUUGCUACCCCUAUUUCCGGUAAAGGCGAUGUAGGUGAUCUCAAUGCGAAAGAUGCCAGCAAAGAAACUGUACUCGCUCUUUUCGGCAUGCUGCUUGGAACAUUAAUUGUUCCAUAUGUGUCGUCCCCUCUAUCGACACACAUUCUACUCUUCAUUCUUGUCUGCCUCCAUCUUGGGAUAAACUACAUCGGCGUACGUUUGCUUAUACUGCGUUCACUCAACCGACAGCGACUCGCAAUUGCGUGGCAAAUGUUUGACGAUUCUGUCAAAGGUCACGCCCCUGAGCCAUCCGAGGUUGCGCCCCUCGAGCGCAUAUUCGACUUUUCGGAUUUUGUCUAUGAUGUUACUUCAGGCUCUCCUCUUGGCAGAAUUUCUAUCGGCUGUUCGUUCUCACACAGGGUUCAAGGCGUAUUUCCUCCGUCAGUGUUCAGCCUCUUUACAGAAGAACGUUACGUGAUCUGGUUUGAGGCCAGUUGCCUCUGUUCUACUGAUGAUGGCGAUGUUGUGAUUGUUGGACCCACGGUUCGUGUGAAUAUCUUCUUGAAAGAAGGAUGUACGGAACAAGAUCAGCUCCGUGCCUGGAUCCACGCCGUUAAUGUAUGCCGACUGACACAAAAACCUCCUCGAAAGCUUAGCGCCAUGACGGUGUUGAAAGAUGCCCAUAGCUCGAUGUCUUUGCGGUAUCAAACUUUUAUGAAGAAAAUGCAGGCAGCGCAUUGGAAGACUGACGACAUUGCCAUUAUGGUCGGCUCCCCGGUUUCCGUCAUUGCUGACAUCAACCUGGAAAAGCAUUCUAUAGAAGACAAGAAAACUCGCUAA